AUGCUGCCGGCGCAGCAGCUGGCUCCCAUCAGCCCGUGGCCACCGGAUGGUAACCUUCUGGACCGCAUGGACGACCUCGCGCACAAAGGUCACAGCGGUGUUAACCAGCUCGGCGGCGUGUUUGUAGGAGGGAGACCCCUGCCGGACUCCACGCGGCAGAAGAUCGUGGAGCUGGCGCACUCGGGGGCGCGGCCCUGCGACAUCAGCAGGAUCCUGCAGGUCUCCAACGGAUGCGUCUCCAAGAUACUCGGCAGGUACUACGAGACUGGGUCGAUCAGGCCCCGCGCCAUCGGGGGCUCCAAGCCCCGCGUGGCCACUGCCGAGGUGGUCAGCAAGAUAGCCCAAUACAAGAGGGAGUGCCCCUCGAUAUUUGCCUGGGAGAUCCGGGAUCGCCUGCUCAGCGAGGGCGUCUGUACCUCCGACAAUAUUCCUAGCGUGUCAUCCAUAAACCGCGUGCUGCGCAACCUAGCUGCGCAGAAGGAGAAGUCGAGCAGCCAGCCGCCUCCCAACGACUGCUCCACCCCCGUAUAUGAACGACUGCGACUACUAGGCACUCCAGGGUCGGCGCCAGCGUGGCCCCGCGCGCCGUGGCCCUCGCAGAUCGACACGCGGACCCCCCCGUACCAGCUCCAUAGCCUCAGUCCCGGGCCACAGUCCAUAGGCUGCAACGGCGGAGACAUGGCUAUGAAGAAAGGUGAAGAAGGCCUAGAAGGUCUCGAAGGCCUGCAUUCAGACGAGACGGGGUCCGGCGACAACUCCAACGCGGGGUCGAGCGGCGCAGACGACGACGCCGCGAGACUGCGACUCAAGCGCAAGCUGCAACGCAACCGGACUAGCUUUACCAACGAGCAGAUUGAUAGUCUUGAGCGAGAGUUCGAGAGGACGCAUUAUCCCGACGUGUUCGCCAGAGAACGACUCGCCGCCAAGAUCGGCUUGCCUGAAGCCAGGAUACAGGUGUGGUUCUCGAAUCGGCGCGCGAAGUGGCGGCGCGAGGAGAAGAUUCGCAGCCAGCGGCGCUCGCCCGAGUGCGCCUACGCCGCGCCCGCCGCGCCGCCCGCGCAGGCGCACGCGCCGCCGCCGCACCAGCCCUACCAGCCGCCGCUCAAUGUGGACACCUACAGCCCGCUCACCCCGAUGGGGUACGGUGGCGGGAUGGUGGAGACGCCGGUAUGCGAGGGCAAUGACCCCGAGCUGUGCAAGGGAGGGUUCCUCGGGUACCCGCGCUACGAGCUGGGGUACCGACAGCCGCACCCCUACCACCACCCCUACCAGCAUGAGCCGGCCUCGCCACAGCCAGAGCUGGGCGGACUCCUGGGUGCCGGCGUGUCAGUCCCACUAGCAGUCCCUGGCCAAGACGGCCAGCAGUACUGGUCCCGCCUGCAGUGA